UGUUGUUUCUUUUCACUUCACAAAAUAAGCGCCAAAGAAUUUGUACUUGAUACCCCAAUCUCAAUCUCAAUCCCAUUAUCGACUCCAACAAAUUUCAGAGCCACAUACCCUUUCUCACCACUUUCAAUUACCUAACAUUUAGGUUUCAAUUCGAGCACUUUGGAGUCUUAUUUGCAAUUUACAGGUCAGGGUUAAGGUGGCAUUAGAACAAUCAUGGAUCGGCUCAAGAAAUCUGCACGGCUCAUGAUAGUUUCGGAUCUUGACCAUACAAUGGUUGACCAUCAUGAUACCGAGAGUCUAUCUUUGCUCAGGUUUAAUGCCUUGUGGGAAGCCAAUUAUCGUCAUGAUUCUCUGCUAGUGUUCUCAACUGGAAGAUCACCUACACUAUACAAGCAGCUGAGGAAAGAAAAACCCAUGCUAACCCCAGAUAUAACCAUAAUGUCUGUGGGAACUGAGAUAACAUAUGGUAAUUCUAUGGUGCCUGAUGAUGGUUGGAUUGAAUAUCUAAAUCAGAAAUGGGACAGGAACAUAGUCAGAGAGGAAACAAGCAAAUUUUCAGAACUUACUCUUCAGUCAGAAACGGAGCAACGACAGCACAAGGUUAGCUUCUACGUGCAGAAAGACAAGGCUCUGGAAGUGAUGAAGGAUCUUUCUGAGCAAUUGGAAAAACGCGGGUUGGAUGUCAAAAUAAUUUACAGCGGAGGGAUGGAUUUGGAUAUAUUACCGCAAGGUGCUGGCAAAGGGCAAGCUCUUGCUUAUCUGCUCAAAAAGUUUAAGGCUGAGGGAAAAUUACCUGUUAAUACUCUUGCUUGUGGCGACUCAGGAAAUGAUGCUGAACUAUUCAGCAUUCCAGAAGUGUAUGGUGUCAUGGUAAGCAAUGCUCAGGAAGAAUUGUUGCAGUGGUAUGCUGAAAAUGCUAAACAUAACACUAAAAUAAUCCAUGCAACUGAGAGGUGUGCAGCAGGCAUCAUACAAGCCAUUGGUCAUUUUAACCUGGGUCCAAGCACGUCCCUUAGAGAUAUGGACUUCUUGGAAUCCAACUUGGAAAACCUCAGUCAGGGUCAUGAAAUAGUGAAAUUCUACUUGUUUUAUGAAAGGUGGCGGCGUGGUGAAGUUGAGAAUUCUGAGCUGUAUCUGGCGAAUCUGAAAGCAGUUUGUUACCCCACUUGUGUUUUUGUCCACCCGUCUGGUUUUGAGCAAUCUCUCCGUGACUGCAUUGAUGCAUUAAGAAAGUGCUGCGGAGAUAAACGAGGGAAUAUUUUUCGGGUUUGGGUGGAUCAGGUUUUACCGGCACAGAUAGGUCCGGGCACAUGCCUAGUGAAGUUCACCAAGUGGGAGCUAUCUGGUGAAGAGCGGCAUGGUAGCAUAACCACAGUUGUAUUAAGUUCAAAGGAUGCGAAUUCUUCAAAAGGGUUCACUUGGGCGCAUGUGCAUCAGACGUGGUUGGAUGGAUCAGGAGCAAAAGAUCAUACAACCUGGCUUUUCUAACUACAAUCAACUCUGAAGAUCCAGUAACCCGUAAUUUUUCUUCUUUCAAAAUAAAAUGUAAGCCACAGCAUCACAAUAUGUUGUUUUGAUAACUCAUUCACCAUCAAUUCUGUGAAGGUUGCUUGUUCAUUCAUUUUGUUAUGAAGUAGAAAAUUCAUGGUGAUUCCAUGUAUUUUCUUUGACA